GCGACGGCAGCAGCGCGACGGCGCUCACCCGCUAGGAGGCAGCGGCACAGCCUGCAGGCUCCCCACACCCCCUCGCUGCUGCUGGCAGGCUGCUCACGUGAGCUGGAGCGCAGCUGGUACCUGGAGAAGAGGCCGCCGCCUUGUCGCCGGCUCUCCUUCCUUCCCUUUAAAUAUUUGCAGAGAAGGGACAGCUACAGCCAAGGAAAACACUGAGGCGGGCGAUCGGCAAGGAUGGCGCUGGCACCUCCUAGUUAUUGUUUUGUUGCAUUUCCACCACAUGCUAAAGAUGACCUUGUAGUAGUUGGAAAAAAUUCUGCACGGCCCAGGGAUGAGGUACAGGAGGUUGUUUACUUUGCUGCUGCUACUCAUGAUCUGGGAUGCAAAGUUGAGUGUACAUACAUUGAGAUUGACCAGGUACCCAAGACUAACGCUGUUGCUCUGAGCAGACCUUCCUGGCAAUGGGGGGCAGAAAUGGGAGCAAAUGAACAUGGAGUCUUCAUUACUAAUGAAGCUAUUAUCACCAAAGAACCAGCUUCUGAAUCCGAAGCUCUCCUAGGAAUGGAUCUUGUCAGGCUUGGUCUAGAAAGGGGUGCAACAGCUAAAGAAGCCUUGGAUGUAAUUGUCUCUCUGUUGGAAGAACAUGGCCAAGGUGGAAAUUAUUAUGAAGAUGGGAGCACAUGCCACGCCUUUCAGACUGCAUAUCUGAUAGUGGACAGAAAAGAAGCUUGGGUACUGGAGACUAUUGGAAAAUACUGGGCAGCAGAAAAAAUUACAGAGGGAGUAAAGUGCAUUUGCAACCAGCUUUCCUUAACAAAGAUUGAUGCAGAACAUCCUGAGCUUAGAAGUUACGCAGAAAGUCAAGGGUGGUGGACUGCAGAUUCAGAGUUCAACUUUUCUGAAAUGUUUUCUCAAGCUGAUAGCCAUUCAGAUUGUUGUUUGAGAAAGGAGAGCCUAGAAAAGCAAGAAGGCAGUAUCACUGUGCAAACAAUGAUUGACAUCUUGCGUGAUAAGGCUGGUGGUAUAUGCGUGGAUUCAGAGUCUUUUCUUACUACAGCAAGCAUGGUUUCCAUAUUACCUCAGAAUCUUAGUUCCCCGUGCAUCCAUUAUUUUACUGGCACACCAGAUCCAUCAAGGUCCAUAUUUAAACCUUUUAUCUUUGUUGACAAUGUGAAAUUAGUACCAAAAGUUCAGUCACCCAUUUUUGGUAGUGAUGAUCCUGUGAAAAAAAUCCCCCGAUUCCAGGAGAAACCAGACCGCAGGCACCAGUUGUACAAGGCACAUGAAUGGGCCCGAUCAGUCAUAGAGAAUGAUCAGGAGAAAGGUGAGAAGCUGAGAAGAACCAUGUUAGACCUUGAAAAACAAGGCUUGGAAGCAAUGGAGAGCAUCAUUACCAGCUCAGAAAUUCUUGACUCUUCAGAAGUAGAGGACCUUUUCUAUGACUGCGUGGACACAGAAAUUAAGUUCUUCAAGUGAAUGACUGUAGACUGUUAGCCUUUGCAUAAGAAGACUAUAAAGCUCUUCAGGCCUUGAAAGAUAAUUUCUCCAUAUUGCCAACUUUUGGAGGAAAUGAUCCUCUUUUCUUAGAGAGAAGUUCCUCAAUAACACAUCCUUUUCCCUUUUCUUUUUUAUCAUGUGCUGUCCUGUGUGUGUUAUUGAAAGAGGGCCUUCACUGACAGGUUAAAUUUACUGUGUGCAUGCUGGCUAAUGUAAUGCCGAGUGUUUUCAUUCAUUUGGGCUACAGAACUUAAAAUGACAAGUAGCCACAGCCCAUAUAUUUCUUAAUACUGCCUUUUCAAAUCAAACAAGUCCCUGGGAGAACUUUCCAUGAAGAUCAACUCACAAAGGAAAAAUAUACCAGGUACAUCUGUGUUCCAAAAGAUAAGAGCUUUGCCACAAAGAAAUGAUGAGCUUAAAAAUGGACCCUGCGUGUGGUAUGAAUUUCAAGCUUCUCACUUGUUCUAGUUCUGGUGAUUUUAGGAUUGGGUCUACUGAGCUGUGUGUAUCCUCACAUAUGCAUAUCUUGGCAUAGUUGUUGUCUUCCUUUGCAUUUCCUGCCCACCAUUCCAUAUUGCUUCAUAUCCAGCAGUGCAGAUUACAUUGAAUCAGUUUCUUCCCAAAGUGUAUUUUUGAAUAGUGUGGUGAUACAGUGACUGUAAAUUGGCUUAAGCAUUUAAAAAAGAGUGAGAAACAAGCUUACGAUUGAAAGAAAAACCAAGAACAAUAGUUUGGCUAUGGGAACUGUUCCAUAGCUACUCAGGAAAAGCAAACAUCUUGUGAGGUGACCAGAAUUUGUACUGAUGUUUGCUUACACCAAGGAUGUGUACCUCUGGCCUCCAGAUGUUGUUGUACAAUUCCUUAUCAUUCCUUUCUGCUGGUCAUGCUGACUGGGCCUGAGGCUGAUGGAAGCUGGAGAUCUCCCUGAUGGAGGGACGCCGGUUCUCAAAUUCUGGUUUACUCUUUAGAAAAUCCUCUUUAACUAGUACAGCAAAGUGAAAGCUGAACUCGUAUAACAUGUUGAAGAAAUGCACUUAGAGCUGUAGUAUUUCUGUUGAGUAUCAAAAGAAAAAUAUGGACCAAUUCUCAUGCUACAGCCUCCAAGUGGAAGCUGCUGUAGAAACUUCAUUUUAAAAGAGAACUCAAUCACAUGGAUUUCCCUGCUUGCAUAGAGAAUCUUCCCAGAUGAAUCAGGGUAAUCCACUGGGUGCUCUCAGCUAUUAGGGCUUACUAGAUAGAUGUGCUGCCCUGUUCGUUCGCUUGUCAAAAAGGUAGGCAGUAACUUUCAUGGUGCCUUUUUGCACUGUUUGGGACUUAAUUACAAAAUUGCGGUCUGGCUAUAAAUGAUCUCAUAAUUAUAAUAAUAUUAAUGUGCAAAGUGUGAAACUUUCAUGAGAAAACUAGAUUAAUGGUUCAUUUGCAUUAUGGAAUUAUGUUAAAUGAUGGAGGAUACUCUUCCCUGAUGUUUGUAGUGUUGAUCUAUUUUCCUUUGUAUGGUUUAUUUGUCAGUGUCAUCUAAAUACUCAGACAUGGUUACAGUGAAGAUCAAUUUCAGCUUGUCAUUAGUUGAAAUGUAUGUAGGUUUGCUCAGAAUCAUUGCUUCUCAAAUUCUUAAAAAGAAUGUGAUCAACCACCCAUGAUCAAAUGCUAUGGUGCUAGUCAUUUAGAUUAAACCAUUAAGGCUCUGAUUCUGCACAGAAAAUUUUCCACCAUAAAAUGAGCUAUGUGUUCACAAUCCUUAAACUUUUCUUAAGCUGGGAAAACUCAGAUAUAUAGUCCACUAUUGAAUUGUGCACAUAUUGUAAACUUUCAGGCCUCACUGCUCAAACAACAUGUCAGAAAUGCACAUGUGUGUACACACACACACAGUCUCUAAAGCACAUAUCUAAAAUACGGAGUACAUUCACAUUUUGAAAGACGUAUAAUCAAAGGAACAGGCAUCAAAAGACAGUUGAACCUUAUAGGAAUUUGUGAACAUAAGCUGGGGAGGAAGGCAAUAAAAAAAUAAAAGUGCCUUGGUUUCUGUAGCUUCCUCUACACAAACCAAAGACUUUGGGUAUGCUGAAAAAUUUGGUCAUGCUGCCUCCCCCAGGAUAUGUUGGCAUGAACAGUAUCCAAUUGGAUCUGAAUCUGUAAAUCUUUGUUUACAUAUUUCUUGUUGGAACGAAUAUGUAUGAGUUUGUGAUCAUCUGGGAUUUAUGUAUUGGACAAUGCUGAUUGACAAAACUAAUAAAAUGGUUUCUGCACAG